AAAGAGACACGCACACUCAUGCAUUCCAUCACGAUGAGGGAUGUUUUGGAUCACUAUAAAUGGCGCGAGAAUUGCGCCAAAGAGUUUUCCCGAAGGAUGCCAACAGAGGUGGUGGUGUUCGGUGCGGCAGCUGCCCUCCUCGUGCUGCUGCUAGCGAUCGUCCAAAUGUUCUUCACAGCGGCUCCAAGAAAAAACUCUCAAUGUCCCGUCGGAAAAACUCCACCAGGUCCUCCGAGCUCCUUCCUCAUCGGCAACAUGAUGGAGUUAACCCACGAGCAUCUGCCAAUUCACCUCACCCAUCUCGCGCAGCGCUACGGACCCAUCUACCAACUUAAAUGUGGAAAUACUCGCAUGGUGGUUCUAAGCAGCAGUGAAGUCAUUCGAGAAGCUCUGGUGAAGAAAUGGUCAGAUUUUGCCGGAAGGCCCGUUUCAUUUACAGGAAACGUCGUGUCCGGAGGAGGGCGCACCAUCUCUCUGGGGGACUACGACGACGAGUGGCGGGCCCAUCGUCGCCUGGUCCACGGCGCUUUGCUGCGAUGCUGCCACCAAUCUUUGCACGACGUGAUUGAAAAGCAGGCGGCGCAUCUCUGCAAGGUUUUGAAGGCCUACCAAGGCAGUUCUGUUGAUCUCUCUGAGGAUUUCACAGUGGCGGCCAGUAACGUCAUCACCACUUUGACUUUUGGAACGGAAUAUGACAAGAGUUCUCCGGAGCUGCAAGACUUACACAAGUGCCUGAACGAGAUCGUUGCGCUUUGGGGCUCUUCUUGGAUUUCCGCCCUGGACUCCUUCCCUUUGCUGAGAAAAUUGCCCAAUCCCAUUUUCUCCCGUCUCAUGCGAGAAGUGGCCAAGAGAGACGACAUGAUACGCAAACACCUCAACGACUACAAGUCGCAAGACCACAAACCCAAAGGGACCAUCACGGGCCGCCUCCUCCAGGGACUGGACAAGGAGACUGGAGUGCUGCUGACGGAAACUCACGUUCACAUGGCCACCGUGGACCUCCUCAUCGGAGGAACAGAGACCACCGCGGCCUGGCUCAACUGGACCGUAGCGUUCCUCUUGCAUCGACCCGAGGUCCAGACUCGGGUCUACGAGGAGCUGCGCACGGUACCGGAGGGCCGCUAUCCCAAAUACAGCGAGAGGCGCAAACUCCCCGUCCUGAGCGCCCUCGUCAACGAAGUGCUUCGACUCAGGCCCGUCGCUCCUCUGGCCGUGCCGCACAGGACCGUCCGAGACAGCAGCAUCGCCGGCUAUUUCAUCCCGAAGAACACGGUGAUCAUUCCCAAUCUUUUCGGAGCUCACCACGAUCCUUCGGUCUGGGCCGAGCCGUACAGCUUCAAACCAGAGCGCUUUCUGGGGGGAGAAGACGCGUCUCCCCGAGGCCUGAUCCCCUUCGGAGGGGGGGCUCGUCUCUGCCUGGGGGAGUCGGUCGCCAAAAUGGAGCUUUUUCUUUUCGCCGCCUAUUUGCUGAGGGAUUUUCACUUCUCUCCCGCCGACGGCUCCCCGCCUGACCUCAGGGGGGUCGCCAGUGUUGUGCUCAAGGUCAAGGCCUACAAAGUUAUCGCGUGCCCGCGGCCCGUUGACGACAAAUAAAGUUUGAUUCAUGAACUAAUGCGUUAA